AUGACUCAUGCUGGGAAGUGCCUCUCUUCUGUCAAGCGCCAUGAGUCAACUGUCAGACUGCGGUGUUGUGACUCUGGAGCGGUUGGUAGGUGUGGUGUUGUGACGGCGGGAGGGUUGGCAUCCCUGUCGGGUGUGCACCGGACGGAUCAGUUUGUAACGAUGGAGUGUGGGAGUAACUACGCUAGCGGUUUCCUCAAAUAUCUUUCGGAUUUCGUGGCCAACAUACGUCCCGAUGACCCUUUACCCGUGCGUGCCCCGAGUUACAAAGUGACGGAGAGUGAAAUAGACGGUCAGAUCCUGGAUAUCGUUCACCAUUACUUAAAUAGCAGAGAAUGCCCGCCGUACGUCCGCGAGUACGUGGGUCACCGCGUGUGGUCGGCGAUCAGAAACCCCGGUCUGAACGGAGAUGGCGACGACCAGGUGGACGCCGCCAACACCACCAACCACACAUAUGAUGCCAUGAAGCUGAUCCAAGAGGUGACAGCCAAGGCCAACACAGUAAUCCGGGAGAUGCAGGCCAACCUCACAGUAGAGGAGGUUGAGAAAUUGCCGAGAUAUUAUCCAAUCAGCCACUUCGCGAUCAAAAACACUCGGCGGAAGAUGGAGGACAGGCAUGUCAUCAUCCCUGACCUGAACACACUCUACGGCAUGGAGUAUCAGUCACCACAUGCAUACUAUGGGGUGUUUGAUGGGCAUGCAGGCACAGACGCUGCUGUGUAUAGCGCUGCGCACCUGCAUCAGUACAUGAUUCAAAAUCCCCAGUAUGAGACAAACCCCGAAGCUGCACUCAAACAUGCCUUCCACAUUACUGACACAAACUUCAUCAAGAAAGCAGCAAAAGAGCGUCUGAAGGGCGGGACGACGGCGGUGGUGGCCCUGGUGCGGGAGAAGCGGCUGGUGGUGGCUUGGCUGGGCGACUCGCAGGCGCUGCUGGUGCGUCGUCGGAACCCCGUCAGGAUGGUGGAGCCCCACAAGCCGGAAUUGCCGGUGAGUGCGUCGGAGGGGCCUGAGGACGGGCGGCUUCUUGUGGGCGUGGGCGUGUGGGACUGA